UCUUUGUCCCAAGGUCGAGGACUUAGAUUAUGAAGGGGGAAUGCCGUACGGACCUCCAGAGGGCCACCCUCUUCACACCGUUUUGUUGGAUGCGAAUUGGUUCCGCAUGCGCGAUUCAAAUUUAUAUCCGUGGUCGAAAUUUGUGCCCAAAUGGCAGUCGGACUGGCCAGGACUGCGUACCUUUCGUGUGAAUGAGGUAUGGAGUACCUUGAAAGCGUAUCAGAAUCUCCCAACGAAUGCGCAACUGAAAUCGCUAGGUUUGAUCACCUUGGAGGACGCUAGGGGCGAACCAUGUACAGAUUACAUCGAAAGAAUGGGACCUGAGGAGAAGGAAUUGUGGCGGCAGUGGUGA